AGGUGAAAAACAUGUUGAGACAAACUUGGCUUCUUGCAAUAGCUUGGUAUGUAUUGAAUUACAUAAUGUGGACAAAUGGACAGCCCAAUAUUUGGUUUGGAACCCAUCUACCAAAAGUUACAAAAACAUACCAAGUCCAACAUCAACACCUGAUUCAUAUUCUUGUUGGUUUGGCGGUUUUGGCUUUGGCUAUGAUUAUUCCACUGAUGAUUACAAGAUAUUAAGGCCCUACGAUAUCGAUAUUCAUAUGUUCAAGAUCGAGAUCUUUUCACUCAAGACCUUUACUUGGAAGACAAUUCUGGUGGAUAUGGACAAUAAUUUUUUUAUCGGCAGCAGCAUUCAAAAUAUCGAAAAGACUAUAUACUGCAAUGGGGCAAUUUAUUGGAGUUAUAAAUGUUUUUGGAAGCCGCCAAUCAUUUAUUUUGAUUUAGCGGAUGAGAUAUUUCAUGAGCUGCCAUGGCCAGAAUCUGUUUCUUAUUACGAUACAUCAGAGACAUGGGAGUUAGGGACUUUUGGAGAACACCUGUGUCUAUCUGUGUGCACAGGUGAAUCACGCAAUGCUUUAUGUAUUCAGCUAUGGGUGAUGAAGGAGUCUUGGACUAGAUUGGCAACCAUUCCAUAUAGGGGCACUUGUCCGAGGCCUAUAUGCGUGUCAAAGAAUGGUGAAAAAUUUUUAUUGCGGGAGAAGCAAGUUGGAAAGAAUUCAGAAUAUAUUUUCAAAUUGAUAGUCGUCAAUUUGAAAAAAAAGGCCUAUAGAAAAACACGAUAUGAUCCCAAGACAAUAAUGGAGGCAACUACAUAUGUGGAAAGCCUUUAUUCACUUGACUGCAACGAUGGGCUUAAUCAGCACUUUCAAGAAGAGGGCUCCAAAGGUCAUAAAGGAAAUCAGGAAGUUUACCCAAAAGGCUUUGGGAACAACUAUUGUCAGGGUGGAUGUUAAGCUUAACAAGCAUGUCUCGAGUCGUGGGAUUCGGAGUGGGCCAAGGAGAGUUUAUGCGCAUAAGAGAAAUGAUGAAGAAGAUGCUAGGAGGAGUUUUUCUCACUAGUCACUGUUGCAGAGAUCCCUCCAGAGGGCUUAAAGGGAUUGGGUACCAAGGUCAUUGAGGAAGAAGAUUGAACUAGCCUACUUCCCUAGGUCAUAGUUAGGAUGCUCCAAUGUUGGCCACAUAUUUCUUGUUUCCAAGAUAUUUUUGUUUGGCUUUGGAUUUUCUCUGGAAUAUCUCCUGUGGAGAGAACUAUUAUGGAAUUUUAUUUGAGCUACUUGCCUGU